AAUACUAACUCUGCAGGAUCAUUGAAACCGCUGGCCGACAUCUGUCGCCCGUUUCACUGAGCCUUACUUGUGAUACCGUUGGCCAACAUCUGUCGCCCAUAUCAUGGAUAGCUUUUCAUGGGUUUCUUUACUUGUUGAAACAAUUGGCCAACGUCUGUUGCCAUGUUUCACUGAACAGGUACUCACCCACCCCGACCCGCUCGCCCUGCUCAUGAGACCGUUUGGCAGACAUCUGUCGCCCGUAUCAUGUAGUAGGUCUUCAUGGUUUCGCUGCUUGUUAAAACAGUUGACCAGCGGCUGUUGUCCGUUUCACCCUACUCAUUGAAACCGUUGGCUCACAUCGCUCUCGUCCAUGUCCUCCUCAGCCUCGUCCUCCCACUCCCACUCACAUUCUUACUCCCAGGCCCGACCGUCUCAUCCAUCACCGCACUCACAGGGCUCGACAAUCCCACACGCCUCCUCAACUUCCAACCCACAAUCACAAUCACACAAACAAUCCCACGCCCAUUCUCAACCCCACCCUCAUCCUACCGAUAACCGCAUCUCCAGCGAUGACUCAGAUCUUGCAACCAUGCUUGAAGGCAUCUCUCUUGGCACUGCUCCUGCCAAAAAUGGCG